CAGAGACUGAGUAGUUUGCAUCAAUGGAACUUGAAGUAUCAUAAGGCAGAGAGAAAAGCUAUCAAACCUGACCACAACAGAAAGACUUUUGCAGGCAACAUUUGCAAUUUUUUUGCAGUUACAAGGCAACAUGCAGAAGGAAAUCAGCAAGAGGAUUUCUUUCUGCCCACUACAGAAUUAAAAAGGAAAGCAGUUCAACUCUGUGAUAUCUUUAAUGAACCUUUUUGUACGGCUGAUCAUAUUUUCCCCUCCAACAGACCAUCUGGAAUUCUGCAUUACAAUAAAAGAUUCAUUAGCAAAGUGGAUUUAUUUCAUCUUCACAAGUAUUGGAAACUGGGAUUUUUUAAAAAAUGUUUGACAUGCAAGGACUGGACUGGAGCAUCAGUAGGGAUUUCUAAAUGGGAUGAAACUUCUUGACUGGUGCUUUGUUGAGAUGCAUGAAAGAUGUGACUGGUUUUUCAUACGAGCAUCUGCAUUACCCUGCUGCUGAAACUAUGUUCUUGAGGAAAAGAUGCAGGAUCGGAUCACGGAAACUGCAGUUUCUCUUGUUGCUGGUGGUCCUCACCUUCUUAUUAUUGAUGGUUACAGUGCGGAACCCAGCACCCAGAGACCUGAACAAAGAAGGAAUCUCUCCACCUGCAAACUACAACCCCAAAGAGGGGUACCACGUGGACUUCGGAGACCCUCAAGAAAUCUUAGACUCUCCAGACAAUAGUGAGGAGUAUUUUCCCAUGGAGGGCCUGUCACCCUUACUCUCCCUAAGGGAGGAUGAACUCCUGGUAGCCAUAGAGGCCUCAACAACCAAGAGGAAUCAUAUCAAACUUAAGAAAGGAUACAGGUUGGUCAGGCAGCAAAGCAAAAGGCAAGAGGAGAAGAAGCAGGUGCAAGACCCAGAGUUUGUGCUCCAAUCCCUUCCAUUGCCAGUGGAAGAACAGGCUGAUGCAGGUGAACAACUGCUUAUGGCUGGCCUCGAAGUUCAUGGGUUUAAUGAAGCACUUAGCCAACAAAUCCCUCUGUACAGGGAGCUUCCUGAGGUACGGCAUCAUUUGUGCCUGCAACAAGAAUCCAGUCCCAACCUGCCUACAGCUAGCGUCAUAAUCUACUUCCAUAACGAGGCCUGGUCGACUCUCUUGAGGACUGUUCAUAGCAUUUUGGCUACAUCCCCCAGGGCCUUGCUCAGAGAAAUCAUCCUUGUAGAUGAUCUCAGCACACAAGGAUACUUAAAGACAUCCCUGAGUGAACACAUCUCUAAGUUGGCAGGUGUGAAAUUGAUUAGGAGCAACAAAAGACUAGGGGUCGUUCGGGGUCGUAUGCUUGGUGCUGCACGAGCAACAGGGGAUGUAGUGGUCUUCAUGGACUCCCAUUGUGAGUGUCUCAAAGGUUGGCUAGAACCUCUGCUGGACAGACUAGCAAGUGACAGGAGUCAGAUUGUCUCUCCUGUCAUAGAUGUAAUUGACUGGAAGACCUUUCAGUUCUACCACUCUAUGGACCUGCAAAGAGGCAUUUUUGACUGGAAAUUAGAUUUCCACUGGAAGCCACUGCCAGAACAUGAAGAGAAAGCACGACUAUCUCCCAUUAGUCCCAUCAGGAGCCCAACAAUAUCUGAAGUAGUAGUAGCUAUGGACAGACAUUAUUUCCAAAAUACAGGAGGUUAUGAUCCUGACAUGACCCUAUCCGGGGUUGAAAAUAUUGAGCUAUCUAUAAAGACCUGGCUUUGUGGUGGGUCUGUAGAAAUCCUUCCCUGCUCCCAUGUGGGACACGUCUAUCGAGCCAGAAUUCCAUACCAGUUGCAAGAGGAAGAUGCAGUAGUGAAGAAUAAAAUCCGAAUAGCUGAGACCUGGUUGGAUUCAUUUAAAGACCUCUUUUAUGAACAGAACAGGAAUGCAUUUUUAAUAAGCGAGGCUGGGAAACCAAACUGUAGUGAGCGUUUUCAGCUACAAAAAAGACUGGGAUGCAAAGGUUUCCAAUGGUUUAUCUCAAAUGUAUAUCCUGAACUUCACCCAUUACAACACAGAACAAGAUUUUCAGGAAAGUUAUACAAUACUGGUGCUGGAUUCUGUGUUGAGUAUAAGACUCAACAGGAUGCUGCUGGUGGUCAUCUUGAAUUAUCUCCAUGUAAUGACAAUAUCAAUCAGCACUUUGAAUACAGUAGCAUGAAGAAAAUCUGCUUCAGUCAUUCACAACAGCUUUGCUUUGAUGUCAGGCACAAAGAGGUUGUCCUUCAAAACUGUACAAAGGCGAUGGAAAACAGUUCACAGCUUUGGGAUAUUGAGGAGAAUGGAAUGAUUGUCCACAUUCUUUCUGGUAAAUGCAUUGAGGCCUUGAAGACAGACUUGUGUUUGCAAAAGUGCAACAAGAAGGCCAAUUUGAUAUGGCAGUUUGAGCAUUCGUUCCACCCAGAUGAGAGAUGAAUACGAAGAGCUCCCUCAACUGGUUGUUAUUUAGUCCAUUUUAUUUCCAGGGAAAAAUGGAAAGAAGUCUGUCUCUUCCCCAAGCAGAAAAUGGAUAACGCAGACUCCAGGCUCAUAUAAUUUUACCAAAAACUAACCACAAUGGCUUGGUAUGGCAGCUGAUUCCUUGUUGUUCCCCUGGAAUUGAGAUACAAAAUAAGUGAAAUAAGGGUUUUCAAAAUAAUUAACCUAACUUUUAUGUAAAAUCUGACAUGAUUUCAAGCUACACAGAACUUUUCAUUAAAUGGAAUGGUAAGAUAUUAUAAAUAUUUAAUUUACAUAGGUGCUAAACACUGAGAUUUGUCUUUCAAGCAAAGCUUUGAGGCAAAUACCAGGAGGCAAGUAUUUAUUUUGAUAUAAUUUAUUAAAAUAAGUUAAAACUA